GUGCACGCGCAUUACCUCUGGGUAACCAGUUGGAGGUUGAUUAAACUAACUCUUCUCAGGUGUUUUGGAACCGACAUACUCAUGGUAUGCCUGUUUGGGGUAAAUCAACCCAGAGGUUAUGAUUUAGCAAAUGGUUAUGCUGCCAUCUCAAAGGAGGGCUUUGUUCCUAGAUCCUCUGGGAGAAAGUUCAGAAAAAGUGAGACAAUGCCAGGAUGUAACGAGGGCUUUUAUGCGACAAAAGGGAUGGAAUUUUUCAAGGUGGUCCUGCGAUACACUGCCUCACCCAAAACAGCAAGAUGGCACAUCAUGUGGCAUCUUUGCUUUGAAAUUUGCUGAAUUUGUACUUAGAGAGGAGCCAAUUGUUUUAAUUAACACAAAAGAAGGAGUGGAAGACUUGAGAAAGGAAAUAGCUGUCACUCUUCUCCAAAACAGUGAUGACCUGAGCCAGCUGUGCCAUGUCUGUGGGGAGAUAAGUGGUGAUAAUAACUGGAUUGCCUGUGACUGCUGCAAUCGGUGGUACCACCAAUCAUGUAUCCAGGCGACAUCACAAGUGCACUUUUUGUGUUAUGCCUGUCAAAAGUAGAAUUAAAGGAGUAACACUUUUU